ACCCCAGGCACGCGCCGGUAGCCGGGCGGCCGAGGGGGCGGUGCCACUGCCCCUCAAGGGGCGUCCAUCCGCUUUCCUUCGGUGUCGCUAAGCUCUGUCCCAGCGGCGUCGGGCCCGAGUGGGGCCGGGAAAGGGGGUGUCCGGCCGUGCAGAGGCAAAGAGGGAUUACGGAACGGGGUCCCUAGGCGGGAGGUCUGAGACCCCAGCAAGGGUCUGGAUCGGAGGAGACUGCCGGGAACAUCCUGGCAGCCAGCCAGCCAGCCGCGCAGGGUCAGGCUGUUUAGGAGACUCAGGGCAUUCCGAAUAGGCCUGGGCGCCCACCGGGUGUUGGGGUUCUGAGCCGACGGGGUCAUUUCCGACCACACGACUUGGCCAUUUCGUGGGUUUCACAUCGUCAUCCAGCCUAGAAGCCAGCAGGAUUGAAAAAUUGCUUUAGCCAAAUGUUCUUUUCCCUCUGAGGAGGGAGGCAGAGCCCGUCAGUCCAAGGGGACUAGAGUGGGAUACCCUGGCUCUCAGAGGGUGGAGGGGGCAGAGGUUGAAGGGGGCGGCAGGAUUGGAGAGCACCCUUCUUGAGCAUCAAAUGCCCCCUUCUCUGUUUUCAUCUCUGCUGAGUGGGCUUGGGCGCGCUGAUCCCCCUGGAGGAGGGACAGACGACGUUUGGCGGGCUCUGACCCUGCAGCCUUCAUGUGGCUGCUGACAGGGACCCAGGAGGGAACAGACAAGGGGCGCGGCCUCGCCUCUCUCCCACCCCGCCUCCCUGGUGGCGGGGUUGACUAUGUGGAGACGUGAGGGGACCCGCCGGCUGCCCCGGCCCUCCAGGACUCCGUCAGACACCCACACUGGGCUCCGAGGCAGGCUGGCGGCGAGCGGAACCGGAGCCCCAGCCUCGCCAUGGGGCAUAACGCGAGCUGGAUCUCCCGGAACGCCAGCGAGCCGCGCAACACGUCGGGCGCCGAGGCGGCGAGCGCGAACCGCAGCGCGCUCGGGGAGUUCGGUGAGGCGCAGCUGUACCGCCAGUUCACCACCACUGUGCAGAUCGUCAUCUUCAUAGGCUCGCUGCUCGGAAACUUCAUGGUGUUAUGGUCAACUUGCCGCACAACAGUGUUCAAAUCUGUCACCAACAGGUUCAUUAAAAACCUGGCCUGCUCGGGGAUCUGUGCCAGCCUGGUCUGCGUGCCCUUUGACAUCGUCCUCAGCACCAGUCCUCACUGUUGCUGGUGGAUCUACACCAUGCUCUUCUGCAAGGUCGUCAAGUUUUUGCACAAAGUGUUCUGCUCUGUGACUAUCCUCAGCUUCCCUGCCAUUGCUUUGGACAGGUACUACUCUGUCCUCUAUCCACUGGAGAGAAAAAUAUCUGAUGCCAAGUCCCGGGAACUGGUGAUGUACAUCUGGGCCCAUGCAAUUGUGGCCAGUGUCCCUGUGUUUGCAGUGACCAAUGUGGCUGAUAUCUAUGCCAUGUCCACAUGCACAGAAGUCUGGAGCAACUCCUUGGGCCACAUCGUGUAUGUUCUAAUCUAUAACAUCACUACGGUCAUUGUGCCUGUGGCUGUGGUGUUUCUCUUCCUGAUCCUGAUCCGACGGGCCCUGAGUGCCAGCCAAAAGAAGAAGGUCAUCAUAGCAGCGCUUCGGACCCCGCAGAACACUGUCUCCAUCCCCUAUGCCUCCCAGCGGGAGGCUGAGCUACAUGCCACCCUGCUCUCCAUGGUGAUGGUCUUCACCCUGUGCAGUGUGCCCUACGCCACCCUGGUUGUUUACCAGACUGUGCUCAACAUCCCUGACACUUCUGUCUUCUUGCUGCUCACUGCCAUUUGGUUGCCCAAGGUCUCUCUGCUGGCAAACCCUGUGCUUUUCCUAACUGUGAACAAAUCAGUCCGCAAGUGCUUGAUAGGGACCCUGGUGCAGCUGCACCACAAGUACAGCCGCCGGAAUGUGGUAAGUACUGGGAGUGGGGUGACUGAUACCAGCCUGGAACCCAGUGUGCGCUCAGGCAGCCAGCUCCUAGAGAUGUUCCACAUUGGGCAGCAGCAGAUCUUUAAGCCCACAGAGGAUGAGGAAGAGAGUGAAGCCAAGUACCUCGGCUCGGUUGACUUCCAGGCCAAAGAAGGCACCUGCCUGGAGGGACAACAGGGACCACAGUUUGCACGCCCCACGCCACCCCCAGGCGCAGUAGAUUCUGUAUCCCAGGUGGCACCAGCAGCCCCUGUGGAGCCUGAGACAUUCCCUGACAAGUAUUCGCUGCAGUUUGGCUUUGGGCCUUUUGAGUUGCCUCCUCAGUGGCUGUCAGAGACCCGAAACAGCAAGAAGAGGCUGCUUCCCCCCUUGGGCAAUACCCCAGAAGAGCUGAUCCAGACAAAGAUGCCCAAGGCAAGCAGGGUAGAACGGAAGAUGAGCAGAAACAACAAAGUGAGCAUUUUUCCAAAGGUGGAUUCCUAGCAAGGAUUGUAAAUCCCUGGAAGUAACAGAGAACUUCUACAUUCCUGCCCUUCCUUCACUGUGACCAUGAGUUCUGAGAUCUCAUUGCAACCCACUGUAGGGUGAUUCCUUCUGUAUAGGGCAAAUGCUUUUGAAUGAAAGGGAAAUCUCUAUAAAAUCAAAAUGUCUAUUUAUUGAAGGAGUAGACAUAUUUGUCUCAGUGAUCCAUGUGCUCAGUAAAGUCUACAUUCCUCUCUAUGGGAUGAAAGUUAGGCAGAUUGGAACAAGUCUUGGGUGAGUGCUCCAUGUGCAUUUCUGGGGGAGUUCUCAUUUUCCUGGGCUCAGAAGAGAACACACAUAGAGGAAUUCCACAAGUUCAGAGGGAGCAGAAACACUAAGGGAAGCCCAAGAUAAUUUUGGAGUGGAGAGAUUACAAAGAAGAUGCAUAUUUGGGUAACUUAAAUAAAACAAACAGAAAAACCUUUUCUAUUGAGAAGAUAGGGUCAUGGCAUCUGGCAUUGUUUCCCUGAAAGUUCAAAUUAUGUGUCUCACUAUUCCUCCCGAUAUCCUUCAUCCCUCUAAUUGGAGUAUAAGUAAGGGAUGACAAUUCCACCUCUGUUUGACAGAUAUGGCCUUAGAUAUGUUCAGGGGACAAGGGGAAUUUUUGUUUUUGAUUAUACUGACAUUCUUUUGACGUCAUCAGAGCCUUUGAAAAAUGGACCUGCAUCAUUCUGUCAUGGCCAGUGUUAGCUGGAAAACACUGCAGGCUCUUAAUUAAGGUUUCUUUCUUUCUUUUUUUUUUUUAUUAAACUGUAUUUUAUUAACAAAUGAGAGAGAAACUUAGAGGUGGAGAAGAAAGAUUGCUCAGAGGUGCCCAUGGCACUGUAGUCUUUUCUCUUCCACAUGAUCUCAUAUGAAAGAUGCUGUUUCACAAUCAGUAUGAGUAAAGCAUAUUGGAAAAAAACAUGUUAUGGAAACUUUUGGCAUUAAAAGGUGGCUGAGAAAUGCAAAGUUAGCAUGAUCUGGGUUCUUUGGAAACAUCAACUAAAAAUACUUGAUUAGGAAAGCUGAUUCUGCCCAAAAGACUGGCAAGAGUGACAAAAAUGACUCUCUUCUGAGAGAAUGGAUCGGCAUGCCAGUCUCAUUUUCAAUGUGUUGUACAACUGUGGUUCUCACAGACAGAGCCAUGAACGGAACAGGGAGAAGUAAUCAUUGUAAAAUGCCAAAGCAACACCUAGACCAGGCAAGCUCUUUAUUUCCUCCUUCCCAGUGAAGUUUUAGUAGGUGCCAGAGUGGGUGGAAGAAGGAGGGCAGCGUUCUCAGCUCAUUAGUCUCCUGGUGGCUCUCAUCUCUUCAGGCUGAAUUCAGACCUAAUGCUUCACUUUCAAUGAGGACAAAUCAAGUGCCAGCCUACUCUUCUCUCUAGAGUGUUUUGUUCCUGUUAAUGGUAGUUACUUGGGGGCUCCAAUCUGGUGCCUUGAGAAAGCUUGAAGGGAAGUGGGUGGGUGUCCUCCCUGGCAAACUUCCACAUCCCAAAGGCAGUGGUCCUAACACACCCACUCCUUUAAGCACAGUGAGCCCUUGUUCCCUGAAGGAAGCUCAGAGGAUGUGUAGGGAAUUUCCUUUUCUUUUUUCUCUUGAGUGUUAUGUCUUGUGAUUCCUGAAUGGGAAGCCAAGGAUCUUCCCUGCAGAGGAAGCACCUUCUUCUCUGUGCUUCUUACCUUGCAGCCUUGUUUGCUCACAGCAGAAACAGGGGACUGGCACCUCUUUUGAGGCUUUCCUGACUCCUGGACCCUGUGUGCAUGCCUCCAUAGUUCCUGGCCCUGGUAGUCCAUGUUGUGGCCCUUUAAACUUAUCUUUCAAAGCCUCAUAACUGUUACAGCUUUUAUCAAGGGGAAAAAACAAUCUGUCAGAAAAUUCUAUCCACUUUACAAGAAUCUGUCAAAUGUAUCCAUUUGGGUGUUGUCCUGAUAAUAUAGAUGUGUUGCUAAAUAAAUUCUGAUGAAGCAGA